GAAAUAACAAAAAGAAGUGUUAGUAUUAUAGCAACUUCGGCCUAUCGUAGAUAAUUUUUAGUGAACGUAGUGAGUAACCAAGUGAACCGACAGACAACAGAAUGGUCUGCGAUUCCUGCUGACAAUCUUGCUCAAAGUUUAGUUUAUUGUUUUGGAUUUUAUCGUUCAAACGUCAGGAGCAUCAUGACGGACUUCGAUGCAGAUUCAGCAACGGGGGAAAUUGCCCAGCAGUUUCAGCUACCUGAACGGCAAGCUAAGGUAAAUCAAUUGAUCAAAGUAAUGGAUCAGUCAUCAGAUGACCCUUCUCAGUUGGAGGAAGAUGAAGAUUCCCCAGCUGUAUAUUGUAUUUGCAGAACGACUGAUUGUUCUCGUUUCAUGAUUGGCUGUGAUAAGUGCAAUGAAUGGUAUCAUGGAGACUGUAUUAAUGUCACACAGAGUGAAGCCAAAGUGAUCAAACAAUUCUUCUGUGAUGCUUGCAGAGAGAAUGAUAAAACAUUGGAGAUACAAUACAAAGCCAAGAAAGUUAUGAGAGACAAGAAGUAUCAAGCAAGUGAUUCUAGUGAUACAGAAAAACAUCAAAAGGAAAUACCACAAAAGAAAGACAAAGACAAAACUAAACAGAAGAAAAAGUCAUCUCGGCGGUGUGGAGAAUGUAUAUCAUGUCAUCGACAAGAAGAUUGCAGCCGUUGUGAUUUCUGCAAGGACAUGAAAAAAUUUGGUGGUCCAAACAAAAUUCGUCAGAAAUGCCGUCUUCGACAGUGCCUCAAUUUUGGUCUCAUCUUAUCAGGUCAGAAAUGGAAACUGCGACCAGAGGAGAAAGAAAGAGAUAACCGUGCUGUUAUGUCUGCCGCAGAGUCAGUUGAUGUACAGAUGGAAGGUUUGAGAGGUUUGCCAGAACAAGAAGGUCUGCCAGAGGUCAAGAAAGUUAGAAGGGCAAAGAGAAAAUCCUUGAAGGAAACCAAUAUUACAAGAAAGUCAAGGAAGCAUUCUUUACCUCCUGGUAGGAAAUCGAGAAACAAGAUAGACAAACAUGGAGAUGUUGAGGAUAAGCAGUGUGUGGAGAAAUCUGAAGUAGAAGUGCCUCGUCAAUGUUUUGGUGCUAACUGUAUUCAACAUGCCCUUCAAAACUCUAAAUACUGUUCUGAAGAUUGUGGUAUGAAGAUGGCUAAAAGCCGGUUAUGUGAACUGUUACCACGUAAAAUUCAACAAUGGCAGAGCAACCCUUGUGUAGCAGAAGAAUAUAAUAAGAAAUCAUUAGAACGCAUUCGACGCCAACAGCUUGUGUGCCGGCAACAUUUGAAUGAUCUGGAUCUAAAAUUGAGAGAACUUGAAGAACUUAUAGACAAAGCGAAACGUACAACGAUUAUAAACUAUGAUCAAGAAGAUGACGAUGAAGGUGAACUGAGUAUGUACUGUGUAACAUGUGGCAGUGAAAUCCAGCAGAAGGGUGCCCUGCGACACAUGGAAAAGUGCUUUGCCAAGUUUGAAGCUCAAACUGUAUUUGGUUCCUACUACAAGACUCCGGUUGAUGGUUGCUCUAUGUUUUGUGAUGCCUACAACCAUCAACAGAAAACCUAUUGUAAAAGGUUGAAAGUACUAUGUCCUGAACAUACGAGGGAGCCAAAAGUCAGCAAUGAUGAAGUCUGCGGUUGUCCUCUCCUCUCCAAUGUCUUCGAAGAAACUGGAGAAUUCUGCCGAAUGCCAAAACGCAAAUGCAACAAACAUUAUUGUUGGGAAAAACUACGUCGUGCACAGAUAGACAUGGAAAGAGUACGUCAAUGGAUGAAGUUGGAUGAGUUGAUGGAACAAGAAAGAAACAUUCGCAUUGCCAUGUCGAAUCGAGUGGGUGUCCUGGGUUUGUUGCUCCACCAGACUGUUGACCACGACCCCCUUACUCCCAUUAAAGCUCCAAUUCUAGCAGAAUGAAAAUGUUCCCUCUUCCAAAAUAUCACCUACUCAUACACAGAUGUUUCAUAUUUCCCCGCAUUUCUCCUUCAUUGAAAACUUCACUCAUUCUUUGUGUGUGUGUGUGUGUAUAUAUAUAUCUUUCUUCUGUCUCUCCCUCAUUCUAUGUAUGUAUGUAUGUGUGUGUGUAUAUAUGUAUAUAUAUAUAUAUGUGCACAUAUGCAUAUAUAUGUAUGUAUGUAUGUAUUAUUUCAUAAGAAUUCAGAAACUUUGAGAGAAGUGAAAUAAAUUGGGGUUUUUUUUUAAUGCUGGAGCUCGAAGUAGAUAAAGCUAUAAACAAUAGUUUAAAUACUGGAUUGAAAAAACUCCUGGGAUGGAAAAAAUCGAAGGAGCCUUUUAACCUAAUAUUAUAUGCUAUUACCUGUAGCUUUAUCUGCUUUGAGUUCCCCCUUUGUUUGCAUUGUUUACUCAAACAUAUUCAUAUAUGAAAAAUCAUGAUUUUCAGUACUGGCUCUGAAUUGUUUGGAAAAUCUAUAGAGAUAAACUUUAAAAUGAGAACAUCGCACUGCUAACACAAAAGGCAUAAUAUUCAUAAACUUUUAAUAUACUUUGUUGUAUAUUAUGGUUGCAAAACGAAAUACUGUGUCCUUGCCAGCAAUUAAUAUACUUAUGUGUGUAUAUGUAAGUAUAUAAUUCAUUUGAAGCUAAUGGUUAACUCUGUUGCUAUGCCAAGUUUUUAAACAUCUCUGUGUUCAUUCAGGCGCCUGACUGGACACAACACAAUGAGAGAAGUAAAAAAUAUGGAAGCAGUGAAUCAUCUGCUACAAAUCAUCAUCAUCAUCAUCAUCAUCAUCAUCAUCAUCAUCAUCAUCAUCAUCAUCAUCAUCAUCAUCAUCUAACGUCCGUUUUCCAUGCUGGCAUGAGUUGGACGGUUCAACUGGGGGUCUGGGAAGCUAGGAGGCUACACCAGGCCCCAAUAUGAUCUGGCAGUGUUUCUACAGCUGGAUGCCCUUCCUAACGCCAACCACACCGAGAGUGUAAUG